AUGACAGCUGAUAGUACACAUUCAAGUACAAAUGAACUAAAUGGAACACCACAGUCCAAUAAACCAUUAUGGAAUAGUAAUUCUGGACAACAAACUCCUUUAAUAUCAAAUAAUAAAAGUCCAUUUCAAAAUGGAACAUCAAAUGUUACUCAACAAUUAAAUAUUCAAGAACAUGAACCAUUAGUUAUCAAUAAAACUUAUAAUGUUUAUUUAUCAAAUCUUGAAGUACCUAAUAUAAUAUUUGCAGCAACAUUAGAUGAUUAUGUUAAUGCUACAUUACUUAUUACACAAAUGAAUAAACAUGAACAACUUUCAAAAGUUCAAGCAAAUUCUUAUAAAUCGAAAUUAACGGUUGGACAAGCUUGUGCUGCACUUUUCAAUGGUGAUUGGUAUCGAGCUCGUGUUUUAGAAACGGGUGAAAAUCGUGUACGUGUUCAAUAUAUUGAUUGGGGUAAUAGUGGAUGGUGUGAUUCAAUUCUUGAAAUUCGUCCAUUACCAAAUGAAUAUUACAAAGAUCCAGCAUUAUGUGUGAAAUGUAUAUUAGAUGGUAUACCAUCUAAUGAAAAACUUUCCCAAGAACAAACAAAUAAUAUUCUCGGCAUACUUGUUCUUGAUCUUAAACUUGAAAUGACUGUAUUACGUAUUGAAAAUGGUUUUCCAGUUGUACAAUUAAACUUACAUGAAAGAAAUUUAAAUAAUGAAAUACUUUCAAUAUUUUCAUCAACAAAUGUAACAAAACAAAAUCAAAUAGUUAAUUUUGAUUCCAAUAAACCUGACAUAAAUCUAUCGGAAAUGCAUCAUGUUCAAUUAACAACUGUUGAUGCACAAUCAGAAUGUUUUCAUGUUUUACUUAUGCGUGAUUUUUUACCAACAAUAAUGAAUAUAUUAAAAGAUUGGAAUGCUAAUAAACAACCACUUACUGUUCAAACAAAGCCAGAUACACUUAUUUGUGCACAAUAUGAUGCAGAUAAUCUAUGGUAUCGAGCAUGGAUUGAAAGUAUAACUGAAAAUGGUUGUCGUGUCUAUUUUGUGGAUUUUGGUAAUGAAGAAAUUGUUUCAAAUGAUCGUAUUAGUGAAUGUCCAGAUAUUUUGAAAACUAUUCCAUGGCAAAGUGUACAAAUUAAAUUAGCUAAUAUUAAAUUAACAGAUGAUGAACGUGAUACACUUUUAAGAGAUUUUGAAAGUGAACGACUUGAAAUGAAAAUUAUGCAAAAGAAUCAAGAUAUUUAUCUUGUGGAUUUACUUCAAAAUGGAAAAUCACUCGCUGAUCAUAUAUUAGAAUUACGUAAGAAAGAACAACAACAAAUUACACCAAAGCCUACUGAGAUUCCAAAAUUACUUGCAGAACCAGUUCAACAAAAAUUGCCUAAAACACCAGUGCCAAUAUCAAAAACUAAAACAGAAAGCUUUCCACAAACAGCUAAUGAAAUUUCACGUACUAUUUCACAAGCUGUUCAACCGAUUGUUGAUCUUCUACAGCGACCUCCAACACUAAACAAUAAUCAGAUAUUUCAGUCGGGAAUAACAAAAACAUCUAUUAUAACAGAUACUGCUAAAAAACCAUUAUUUAGUAGUUCGAAUACGACACCGAAACAAGUAUUAACUUCUGAAAAAGACAAUGAUACUAGUGUGAACGAUAAUUUAACCAUUUUGAUUACUGAACAACGUCGACAAAAUCGUUUACUUGAACAAGUGAUUGCAGCAAUUAAUACAACUAAUUCUCUUCUUACCCAACUAGUUCAACGUUAG